GGUAUCGAGUAUCGAGUACUCAUGGCUGUCACUUGCAUUGUCAUACAUGCCGCAGCCUACUUCACGUCGCUGAAUAUAUUGGGAGUGACUAAGUCUAAUGUGCAAAGUGUGAGAGCAAAAUACACGGAUAAAGAAAAACGCAUUAAGAAACGGCGGCGCGUAAGGAUUAUUGGAUUUUACAUUUACACAGACACACACGCGAGUAUCCCAAUCAGUAGGAGCAGGAGGAACAAGUCAUUUAAACACACAACAAAAUGGGUGCAAGGGAAGACGAAUACGAUUAUCUUUUCAAAGUUGUCCUGAUCGGUGACUCUGGCGUAGGCAAAAGUAAUUUGCUGUCGCGCUUUACGCGUAAUGAAUUCAAUUUGGAGUCCAAAUCAACAAUUGGUGUCGAAUUCGCCACACGAAGCAUAGAGGUGGAUGGUAAAACAAUUAAGGCGCAAAUUUGGGAUACAGCCGGUCAGGAGCGCUAUCGAGCGAUCACUUCUGCAUAUUAUCGUGGUGCUGUUGGGGCUCUGCUCGUUUACGAUAUUGCCAAGCAUUUGACAUACGAGAAUGUUGAGCGAUGGCUGCGAGAGCUCCGCGAUCAUGCCGACCAGAAUAUUGUAAUAAUGUUGGUGGGCAACAAAUCUGAUUUGCGACACUUGCGCUCGGUGCCGACGGAUGAAGCAAAACUGUUUGCGGAGCGCAAUGGCUUAAGUUUCAUAGAAACAUCGGCCUUGGACUCGACGAACGUUGAAACCGCAUUCCAAAAUAUACUCACAGAGAUCUAUCGCAUUGUGUCGCAGAAACAAAUUAGAGAUCCUCCUGAAGGUGAUGUUAUUCGUCCCUCAAAUGUGGAGCCCAUCGAUGUAAAGCCCACUGUUACAGCCGAUGUUCGCAAACAGUGUUGUCAGUGACCGCCCCAACGAUUCACUGCGACAGGAGUAGCAACUGCCGCCUGUAACAGCCAGAACAGCAAUAGCAAGAGCAAGAGCAACAACAAUUACAACUAUAACAACGGCAUAAGAUGUUAUUUUUUGAACCACAGCCACAAGCAGUUUGUCAUAUAUGCAUAAAAAAUAUACCAACAACAAAAGCAAAACAACAAUCGCAACAUCAACAUCCGGCUGUAGUUAACAGCAGUUUAAACUGAAGUUUUAAUAUAUAUCGCAUAAAGCAUCGAUAACUUCGAGGUCUGAUGAAAAAAGUUACAAAAGCAUAAAGGGAAACACUAAAACACUCCAAAUUCAGUUUAAGCUGUAGCUGUAACUAUAAUUUAUAUAAAUAUACAUAAAUGCUAAUAUUAAAUAUAUUAAUAUUAUUAAUUUUCACAACUUAAAUAUAUAGUUGUAUUUAAAAAAAAAAAAAAAAAAAAGGAAAUUAAACAACUACAACAUUGCUAUGUAAGUUCCAUUAGAUGUCGUAUUGUUUUUCCAGCAAAAUUAGGCAAACUUAACAUAUACAAUGAAUACACUUUUGACCUGGCUCUUAUUCAUUAUAGUCUAUUUAUCAUUAAUGUUUCAAAUUUCCCUUACGUCAACCGAUUUCUCUCCAUUGUAGUUGCUUGCGUCGUUACAAACCCUUUUUUAUUGGUUAAUGUAAUACCUUUUUUACGUAUGAAAUAAAAUUGAAACAUAAAUCUAAAAUAUUAUGGUUAGUUUUAACAUUAAAGCGCAUAAAUGCAGAAACUUUGAAAAUUCAAUUUUAAAUUGACCCCAGGAAUUCGUUAAUAGCUAGCUGAUAAAAUAAACAGUAAUGAAACUUUAAAUACACAAACAAACAGAUAUGUUGGUAAAUAUUUAUAAUUUAAAUAAAUCAAGUUUACGCUUGUAUAUCAACUGUU